UACGAGUACGACCCAAUGACCUUAACCCUCCUCCUUUUGGCCGAGAGUUCUAGUAGACAUGGAGCUAAGGAGAAGAUUGGAAGGCUCUCAGCCAGUGUCGCGGCAUGUCCUCCAUUCUCCCGAGGAACCUCCCGUUCGAUCGAGGGCCGUCCUACAGCGCCGCGUGUUCCGCUCUCCGCUGGACUGCAGCGAGCGGUGGUACUGGACCGGCCUAGCUGUCGUCACGCUAGCCUCCGCCCUCACCAGGUUCUACUCCAUCACGGAGCCUCGGCACGUCGCGUGGGACGAGACUCACUUUGGGAAGCAUGCCAGCUGGUACAUUCAAGGCCAGUUCUUCUUUGAUGUCCACCCUCCCCUUGGAAAGCUCGUAAUUGCCAUAGCGGGAGUCCUGACUGGCUACAACGGUUCGUUUGAAUUCAAAGAGCCCGGGCAGAAAUACGACGACACGCCCUACAUUGGGAUGAGAGUGGUGUGUGCUCUGAUGGGGCUACUCCUGGUUCCCCUCUGUUACCUCACCGUCUGGGAGCUGGCUACUACUUGCACUAAUAUCCCACUUUCAGAGAAACCGGGACGCUGGUUCUCUCCCAGUACAUUCUGCUGGACCUCCACUGCUGUUCUUUAUAAUGGCCGCUACCUACUGCACUGCACGCUUCAUCAACUGCAGACGACGUGCCAUUUGAUGCUGGAGUGGUGGUACUGGUUUGACACCUCUCGGGAUGUUCAGUGGAUGUUCCUCCUAUCAGUGAGAGGAGAGCCUCGUGCACCUCUUGGCUCAAUACCAUACCACCGUCCUCUUUCUACGUGCUCUGGUUGCCUGACCGACCGUGCACGGACCUCUGGGACCGACCUGGAUGGAGACCUCAGACUCUCAGUGAGUGGUAUGUUUACAUGGGACUCGCCGCUAUGCUCGGUCCCUCCCCUCUCCUCCCUAUCCACUCUCAGAUGUGGCCUAUGGUCAGGGUAUAACUCGCAGAACAGAGGGGAUGGAGGAGACUCCUCCACUCUCCACUCACCUCUACCCGAGGACCUCGGCUGA